UCUCUUCCUCCCUUUCUUUUUUUUUUUUUUUUCCCUUUCCUUUUUUUGUGAAUGAAAAAAGGAGGUCGUGAGCGGUCCCCGGGACUGCAGCGCUAGGCGUCUUCGCAGCCGCGCCUUCGGAGCGGGCCGGGCGCGUAGCGGCGGCGGCCUCGCCCCUCUCCUCAACUGCGCGUCGCUUCCAGCCUCCGCAGCCAGAGGACCCGCGGCGGCGGCGCGGCCCAGCCGCCCGAGGUCUGAGCGGCCGCGCACAGCCCACUCCGGCGUGCCUCCAUGACAUUGGGCGCCCCGGGCGCGGGGAGAUGCUGAUCCGGAAGAGGCAAUGGCUGCAGUGCCGCGCGCGCGGCCGCUCCCGGCCCGCCGUCCGGCCUGGGCUGCUCUGUCAGAGUUUCUGAUCUAGCGCGACCCGGGCCCGGAGCCUGUAGCAGCAGCAGCAGCAGCAGCAGCAGCAGCAGCAGCAGCAGCAGCAGCGCGGCGGCGCCGGCAUCGUCCUAACUUGCACGCGCGGAGUGACCCCCAGACAUUUCACUAAAAUGAGCGUGCUUAGCAGGAAGAGAUGUGUUCCUUACACUAGAAAUUACCCCGUCACAUGUAGUGGUGUCCCAAUUAAUGGAUUCUGACAUGGAUUAUGAAAGGCCAAACGUAGAGACCAUCAAGUGCGUUGUGGUGGGAGACAACGCGGUGGGCAAGACCAGGCUCAUCUGUGCCCGGGCCUGCAAUGCCACGCUCACCCAGUACCAGCUGCUUGCCACCCAUGUGCCCACGGUUUGGGCCAUCGACCAGUAUCGGGUGUGCCAGGAGGUGCUGGAACGCUCCAGAGAUGUGGUAGAUGAUGUCAGCGUCUCCCUCCGCCUCUGGGACACCUUUGGAGACCACCACAAAGACCGCCGCUUUGCUUAUGGGAGAUCCGAUGUGGUGGUUCUGUGCUUCUCCAUCGCCAACCCCAAUUCCCUCCACCAUGUCAAGACCAUGUGGUACCCAGAAAUCAAGCACUUCUGCCCCCGAGCACCUGUCAUCUUGGUGGGCUGCCAGCUGGACCUGCGCUAUGCUGACCUGGAGGCCGUCAAUAGGGCCAGGCGACCCUUGGCUAGGCCCAUCAAGCCCAAUGAGAUCCUUCCCCCAGAGAAGGGUCGGGAGGUAGCCAAGGAGCUGGGCAUCCCCUACUAUGAGACCAGCGUGGUGGCCCAGUUCGGCAUCAAGGACGUCUUUGACAACGCCAUCCGCGCCGCACUCAUCUCCCGCCGGCACCUGCAGUUCUGGAAAUCUCACCUCCGCAAUGUGCAGCGGCCUCUGCUGCAGGCGCCCUUCUUGCCUCCCAAGCCGCCUCCCCCCAUCAUCGUGGUGCCAGAUCCCCCCUCCAGCAGCGAGGAGUGCCCCGCCCACCUCCUGGAGGACCCGCUGUGCGCGGAUGUCAUACUGGUGCUGCAGGAGCGGGUGCGCAUCUUUGCCCACAAGAUCUACCUCUCCACCUCCUCCUCCAAGUUCUACGACCUGUUCCUCAUGGACCUGAGUGAGGGGGAGCUGGGGGGCCCCUCGGGGCCAGGGGGCCCCCGCCCAGAGGACCACCGGGGUCACCCUGAUCACCACUACCACCAUCACCACCACCACCACCAUGGCCGGGACUUUCUGCUUCGGGCGGCCAGCUUUGAUGUAUGCGAGAGCGUGGAGGAGGGCGGGGGCUCGGGUCCUGCUGGGCUCCGCGCCUCAACCAGCGAUGGGAUCUUGCGGGGCAAUGGAACAGGGUAUCUGCCAGGGAGGGGUCGAGUACUGUCUUCCUGGAGCCGAGCUUUUGUGAGCAUCCAGGAAGAGAUGGCUGAAGAUCCUCUGACCUACAAAUCCCGGCUGAUGGUGGUGGUAAAAAUGGACAACUCCAUCCAGCCGGGGCCCUUCCGGGCUGUUCUCAAGUAUCUGUACACCGGGGAGCUGGAUGAGAACGAGCGGGACCUCAUGCACAUCGCCCACAUCGCUGAACUGCUUGAGGUCUUUGAUUUGCGCAUGAUGGUGGCCAACAUUCUCAACAAUGAGGCCUUCAUGAACCAAGAGAUCACUAAGGCCUUCCAUGUCCGUCGGACCAACCGGGUUAAGGAGUGCUUGGCAAAGGGCACCUUCUCAGAUGUGACUUUCAUCCUGGAUGAUGGCACCAUCAGCGCCCAUAAGCCCCUGUUGAUUUCCAGCUGUGACUGGAUGGCUGCCAUGUUUGGGGGGCCAUUUGUGGAGAGUUCCACCAGGGAGGUGGUGUUUCCUUACACAAGCAAGAGCUGCAUGAGGGCAGUGCUGGAAUACCUCUACACGGGCAUGUUCACCUCCAGUCCCGACCUGGACGACAUGAAGCUCAUCAUCUUGGCCAACCGCCUCUGCCUGCCACACUUGGUUGCCCUCACAGAGCAGUACACAGUGACCGGGCUGAUGGAAGCAACUCAGAUGAUGGUGGACAUUGAUGGAGAUGUCCUUGUGUUCCUAGAACUGGCUCAGUUCCACUGUGCGUACCAGUUGGCCGACUGGUGUCUUCACCACAUCUGCACCAAUUACAACAACGUGUGCCGCAAGUUCCCGCGAGACAUGAAGGCCAUGUCCCCAGAAAACCAGGAGUAUUUUGAGAAGCACCGGUGGCCGCCUGUCUGGUACCUAAAGGAAGAAGAUCACUACCAGCGGGCACGGAAGGAACGUGAGAAGGAGGACUAUCUCCACCUGAAACGGCAGCCCAAGCGGCGGUGGCUGUUCUGGAACAGUCCGUCCUCACCGUCCUCUUCUGCGGCCUCCUCGUCGUCCCCAUCUUCCUCCUCGGCUGUGGUCUGAGACGCUGCCACCCUCUCCUGAUCCCGCUGCUGUUCUCCCCACUCGCCUUCGCCCCUCUGCUCUUCUGCAUCGCCCCCUCCACCUCCCAGGGACAAGGGGACCCGCGUAACCAGGACCCUAAGGGCAGGGCUGUUCUCACCAGCCAACACAGCUCAGCAAGAGAGGAGGGGGGCCUUGUGGAUCAGGACAGGGACCCCUGCGGGGGUCCCCAGUUCCAAAGCAGGGCAGGAGGCGGACGAUUGCUGGGAGGUGGGGAGCAGGGAAGGAAUGGAGAGCUCUGGCAUCUGACUCUGGGUUGGAGAACGCUGGCACCCGAGCGAAACUCUCCCGGCCAUGCGGCUAUGUGUCUUGGUCUGUGGAGGCGGCCCCCUCCCAGGACGCGGCAGCGCGCAGGGAAGGUCCUGUCUCUCUUGGCCACUUUUUUCCAUCAAUGGACCUGAGGGUUGCAGAUGUUUUGUGGGCAUUUCCACACAGCGCCUACUCAGAUCCUCACUGGAGAAGUCAGGGUAGAAAUUAAGCUUCCAGCCCAACUCCAGGCUUCCACAUCCUGGGGUGCAGCUGCCGAGGCCACAGGUGGAAGGCUUGCACUCUGCAGCCAUCCUGCCCUCCCUAGGCGGUAGGCGUCUGGGCCUGAUAAAGGAUGGCAGAGACUGUUCAGAGCUUCAGGCCUCGGAGCCGUGCCUCUUGGUGCAGUGGGAAACCUCUCCCUCCCCCAUCCCUCCCCACUCAGAUCCUGAGGUGGGAACCAAAGGAAACAGCUGGGACAGGGGGAGAGGAGAACGUGGGUGGUGGGGUCUGGGCGCAGCAACCCCAGGCUCUCCUGGGUUCCUCCUCCUGCCUCUGGUUAGCAUGGCUUCUUAGCACGGUGGGGCCAAAUUAGCAAAAACAAAAAAACAAACAAACCCCCAAACAACAACAAAAUCACCACCAACCAAAACACUUUAGCCUCUCUAUUCCCUCAGAGGAAGAAAAAUACAAGAAGAUCCUGUAUAGCUCACGCACAGGGGCCUCCAUGUUUGAUGACAUAGAAGUUUAGGUUGUGGAAUUGAUUCAGUGCCUGUCAGGCAAGGACUUGUCACCGGCUGUGACUGAGGAUGCCCUGGCCCUGCAGGCUUGCUCAGAGGACAGCAAAAGUUCUGACUUAACAUGCUGGGAUUGAGGCUUCAGGGGCAGGGGCAGGGUGGUCUCAGGGCUCAAACGUGGCAUUGGACCCCUACUUUGCCCAUCUUGAGAAUCAGUUAUCCCCCUCGACUUCAGAGAGUGACUUCACAGGAUGUGAAUGUGUUGGGGGUCAAAGGUCAGGGGAAAGGACACCAACUUGGAGAAUAGGAGUCCCUGUAAUGAAGGAGCACAGGACAUAACCUCACUUAGCGGUGGUUUGGGGUAAAAGGGAAGGAGGGGGCAAAGCAAAGUCAGUCCCAGGAAGAGAGGGACAAGACUGGAGGAUUGUGGGGGUUAAGACAGCAGCUUGCAGCUCCAUGGGGAAAAGCUGGGCCACAAUUGACCUCUCCCUAUUUCGUGAUCCUGACCCAUAUUUCACCCCCCACACCGUUUUUAGACUUAAAAGUCAGAGUCCCGCUGAUGAUGGGUGGAACCCUGGGGUGGGCUCCACCAGCAAGACCCUGGCUUUAGGUCUGGGAUCAAGCAAACCCAGAAACCGAGGAAAAGUCUGCAACAGCUUUGUGGUGCCAAGACCUAGAGAUCUGAUGGUAAGUCAUCAGAAGAAGCAGGACGUGGCAGGUCUGGAGUGGCCAUGACCUCUGUUGUCUGCGCUGCAGACUUCUCCAGAGCCGUGGCUGCCUCCCCUUCUCUAGGCUGGCUGGCUGGCAGGCCAGACCUGUGCUCCUGCCUGCUGAGUUCUCACCCUUGGCUUCAGGGUGAGGUUGACUUGAGCCAACGAGCAGGGGCAGGAGGGAGUGUGCAAGGGGGGUGCAACUCUGCACCUUGGCUCUUGGAGAAGGGAGCCAGAGGUGGGGCCCAGGGCCUCCCAGGAACUCUUGAUGAGAGGGAGGACAGAGACCUCACGUCCAAGGGGAGGGGAAAUGGGUGUCUGCGAGCUUGCAGGGCUGAGCAGUGUGGCCCACUGAUGAGGAUGCAGGAAGGCCAAGGGGAGGGAAAGUCAGGGUGGCCCAGGAGGUGCAGGAAGCCCACAGCAGAGGAGCCACAGGACCACCCCAGCAACCAGGGUGGGCUCACCCCUCAGGGACCCGCUGCCUCUUCCUAGCUGCUCUGUGGGAACCCAGCAGGCCCAGGGGCAAGCUAGAGAUGCCACCUGGGGAGGCUUGGGGGAGCCCAGACCAGGGCUAGUGUCCUCCCAGGGGGAAGGGAGGGAGGAGGGGCUUAAUUCCAGUCCCCCGGGAGACAGGAAGGGCAAGUCACAAGAACACACACCCCUGUACUUGUGUCACUCAAAGCUGCUUUAGUGGAGACUGGGAGGGUGGGGGAGAAAAAACACACACACCUCUUUUUAUAUAAGGUUUCAUAUUUAAUUUGGUCAUGAAUUCAUAAAUACAUGAGUAUUUUGUACCUAA